CACCGAGAAGCCUCUCUCACGCCUCCUGUGGUCAGUCUGCGUAUUACUUUAGCAGUGCAGAAUAUUAUGAUAAAUCUUUUUACUUCGGGCACUGCAGACGUACCAACACUAAUGAGACAGGAAUCUCUCGCCGCAGUGGCAAGGCCAGCGAGUACCCACUGGAAAAGAACAAUACGCUAACCUCAAUGGCGUUGAUUAACGAGAACGGUGAACUCUUUGGUUUGCAGGAAACAAUGGAACUCAAAGAAAUAAACACAAUUGCAUUUGCUCCAGGAGUUACAUCUCAUUUUGCAGUAUCAUGGUCCGAAGAUAAUAAAAUGUCUCUUGUGACAUCUAAAGGAAUUCAUAUAUUUGUGCUGAUGCUGAUAUUCACGCAUGUACCAGCCGUCUCAGCGGACGACCUGUCUGUUCCAGUCUUUAAUCAUACUGAUGGAAAACUGGCAGCAUUUGGAGACUUCGACAGGGACGGCCGAACAGAUAUAGCUGUACUGAACAGGAAUGGUCGCUCUGUUGAAGUGCUUCUUGCACGUGAAACAGAGCCACUGAUGAAGCGCAGUUGUAAAAGUCAUUAUUGCUGUAAUUUUCCUUUUGAAGUAGUAGCUGCUGCCCCAGCAGACUUUGAUGGUGACACACAUUUGGACAUAGCCAUCUCUGCCCGUGGAUCUGAAGGCAAUUCCAUAAAUAUUUAUAUGGUUUGGGGUGGACCAGAUGGCUUAACAUGUCCUUCAGAUUAUGCAUCACCUACGAUGUCGCUCAUAAGUCAGCCACUAAUUCUUGACUAUGAUGGAAACACAAUUGCUGAUAUUUUUGGCACCACAGCAAAUAGUAGCCAGUUUUGGUCUUUUGUGGGAAAUCGUUCAGCACCGUUAGCUGUUCCAUUGGGAAACUCAAGGCACAAACUGAGAAUUCCACAUUCACACGCGUUUCUCGAUGUUGUUGGUGACUCUGCUGCUGAUUUAAUCCUCUCAGCUGACAAUGGCUUUGAAAUAUGGUUAGGCAGCCCAAAUGGAAGUUACAGCUUUGAUCAUUUUGUGAACAAUCCCCCAGGCACUGUGAUUGGCCAAAGUUUGUUUGUUGAUGUGCAUUUAGAAGGUAAUCUCUUUCACAUUGUCCCAGUUUGUUUUGAUGAUCCUUGCAGAAACAGUACACUAUAUGCACUGUCUGGCAAAAAAUGGCUCAAUCUGAAUCCCAAUUUCAAAGAUGAAACAGGCGUUGUCUGGGGAUUUUAUAAAUCAGCCUCUGGGUCUCCUAUCACAGUGAGAUCUGGUGAUUUCAACAUGGAUGGCCAUCCUGACCUUCUGGCAACCAUGGAGAGUGGCAAUGGAAAGCCUGAAGUCCUGCUCUUAGAGAAUGUGCCAUGUAUUGCAGAUAGCUGUGGUGGAUCAGGACGAACAUUUACUGUGCGUAAAGAUGCAUUAGCGACACUCGGUUCUGGAUGCGAUAUGGGAGCAUUUUUCGACCUGUAUCAAGAUGGGGUAACUGAUGUUGUGCUUUCUACAGAAGAUAAAGGUAGCCUUAAAGCAUUUCGCAACACACUUGAUUAUGAUGCAAAUUUUGUAAAAGUUGUUGUUCUGGCAGCAGCUGCUACAGAUGAGAACAGAGGACGUGGGGGUAGCAUGGCAGGUGUCCGUGUUUCUUAUCGCACAACUACCCAAGAAGGAGAGCACCGCAAAGCUGCUGCAGCACAAUUGUCACAGUCGGCGUAUGCUGCUUUGCAGCUGCCACAUUCUACCUUUGGUUUGGGACGCACUCCAAACUUUGUUGAUCGACUGACAGUGACAGCAGGAGGACGUUCACAAGACUUUACUCAGGUGAUACCUAACUCUCAGAUUGUGGUGAUAGUAGCACCUGGUCCAUUCUCUCUGUGGAGAGCCCAGUUAUUUGUCACUCCUAGCAAAGCAGCCCUAAUGUCAGUGGUAGCACUGUCGGGAACGUGUGUUGUGAUCAUAGCAAUUAUUGGUGCUCUUCAUUUGCGUGAACGCAAAGAGGAUAGACGUGAACGUCUGCAACAGGCACAUAGGUUCCAUUUUGAUGCAAUGUGAAAUGAAAUAUGGGAGGUCAAGGUAUGUUUCUGUUGACAGUCAAAGAAAUCAAGUUUCCAGGAGUAUUUUCAGGGCUAGUAAGUGAUAUUUAAAAAAAAAAAAAAAAAAAAAAAAGUAUAUCAGCAACAGUGCUGAUAUGUCCCAGCUAUAGCUUGAGCCAUAUACAGUUAUUGAAUUUAACCUCUGUGUCAGUUGACAUUCAAAUUUUAAGUGACACAGAGAAAGUAAUAAAUUUAUUAUUUCACAUUGUGGAUUUACUCAUUAAGAAAAUUAUCAACUUCUUUGUUUUGUAGAAUUUGUUUUCACCUUGGAAGUCUUGGCAAGGGUUUGUUCAGUUGGUGUUAUUAGGGAAAAUCCAUAUAAAAACUAUCUGCUUUGCUUGCAACACAGCAGAUAAGUAUUUCGCUUCGUGGAAAAUGUGACAGAAUUGUUCCUGCAGCCUACUACUACUACUACAAAAAAAGAAAAAAAAAAUUAUGCCGGUGACCAUAUUUAUUUUGUAUCAUAUUCACAAAAUAAAGCUACAUGCACUCAUGUUGUUCAACUGUGACUGACUUGAUAUGAAUGAAACAACUAUGAUUCUGAAACCAGGACUCAGUCCCAUUCCUGUUCCUGGAUGAAGUGGGGACAUUAGUUUUCUUGUGUAACUGUGAUCAGUUCUUGCAGUGCAUAGUGGUUGUAAACAUCUUUGCCCUCCUUUUUCCUCCCCUGUGUGUUGAUAUCUGUCCCCACAACAAGUUAUUAAUGAUCUGUAUUGACUUGUACACGUAGUACAGCCUAACUUACUGUGUAAAGAACAUGACAAAUAAAACAAAAGUAUUGUUUGUAAGAAGUCAGUGCUGUUUUUACAGGAAACAGCUUACAAUAAAACAGUUGUUCUAGCAUUAUAAUUGUGUAAGACUGCACUGAAAUUCUAAUGAAGUUGUAACUUACUGCAAAAUAUUGGAGUAUGUCUUUUAUUAAGUGAUAUGCAUUAAUUAGGCUUUUUUU